GGUCUAGACUUUUCCCCUUGACAUCAUGGUGGUAUUACGUUGACAGAACCACUGGCUGCCUCCAAGGGAGUAACGCAAGGCCUCGACCCUGCAAAGUCCGCUCCGCUCCGCGUCUCCAUAUCGCCAAACCGCCAAUUUUGACAGUUCUGGUCGACCCACCGUCUAACCAUCGGACUACUUCAUUUUCGAAUAUCAUCCAAUAAUUGUUGAGUCCCACUCGCUGUUGACAGACAAAGGUACGAUGCCUCCUCGCGGUGCUCGCAAAGCAGCAUCCAGCGCUGUCGCCGUCUCGCCACCGCGCUCUCCGGAAGACCAAAAACGCAAGCUUAUCCGCGAAGAUCGCGAACCAACCUCCCCACUUCGUCGGUCCAAGCGCGUUAAGACAGCUGGAGCUUCUGCUGCUUCACUGUCUACGAUUCCGAUUAACUUGGAAACUGGCAGUGAGGUCAAAACUGCGAGUCCAGGGACUUCGAGAAACAACAAAGCUCGUCUAGGCAAGGCAGCCGCCUCCGCCGCCGCCGCCGUCGCAGUUAAGCAGGAAGUGGAGGAAGAGACUGAGACAAGGGUCACUGUGAAGGCACCAACAGAAGACAACGUCAAUUCAGUGAAGGAGGAAGAGGCUGAGGAGAAGGUAUCGAACACGGCCAAGGUCUCCAGGCAGCAGAAAACAAAAGAAGCCGAGAUGGUGCCCUUGAGAGCUCGGACCCAGGGAUUGCGCAUGCUUGUCGGCGCGCAUGUCAGCGCAGCCAAAGGCGUUUUCAACUCGGUGAACAACAGCAUGCACAUAGGAGGAAACGCAUUUGCUCUCUUCCUCAAGUCGCAAAGGAAAUGGGACAACCCACCCCUUCAGGAUGACCAUCGAGAUCAAUUUCGCGCCAUGUGUAAAGAGCACAAGUAUGAUGCAGCAAAACACAUCCUUCCGCACGGCUCUUAUCUUGUGAACCUGGCCCAAGAAGACAAAGCCAAAGCCAAGCAAGCCUACGACUCCUUCCUCGACGAUCUCCGUCGGUGCGAAGCUCUGGGCAUCCAACUAUACAACUUCCAUCCCGGCUCUGCCAACUCUACCCCACACGCCAGUGCUAUCACCCGACUAGCCUCCGCUCUCACCUCCGCCCUCCGCGCCACCACGACCGUGAUCCCGGUCCUCGAAACCAUGUGUGGCCACGGCAGCACGAUCGGUGGUUGCCUAUCGGAAUUCAAGGAUCUGCUCGCCCAAAUCCCUGCUGACUUGCACCCGCGAAUUGGCAUCUGCAUCGACACCUGUCACAGUUUCGCGGCGGGCUACGACCUUGUCAGCCCCACCGGCUUCGCGGCCUUUAUGCAGGAAUUCGAGGACUUGAUCGGCAUCCAACAUCUCCGGGCCCUCCAUCUUAACGACUCGAAAGCGCCCCGCGGUAGUAAACGGGAUCUGCACGCGAACAUUGGGACGGGAUUCCUGGGUCUACGUGCAUUUCAUAAUGUUAUGAAUGAGAAGCGAUUCGAGGGGGUGCCCAUGAUCCUGGAGACGCCGAUCGACCGGCCAGAAGCCAAAACUGCAACGAAGGAUGAGGGCGAGGAGGAUGGGGAGGCUGGGCAGGCGAAGGGCAAGAAGAAGGCCCCGAAGAAACCAGCCGGUGCUGCGGGGAAGCUGGUCGCCGAUCCCAGUGUCUGGGCGAAGGAGAUUGCGCUUCUCGAGUCUUUGAUCGGCAUGGAUCCGCAGGGAGAGGAGUUCCGAGCUUUGGAAGCGAGAUUGGCGGACGAGGGGAAGGAGAUGCGGGAGAAGCAGAUGGAGCAGUAUAUGCGGAAGCUGGAGGCGGACGAGAAGAAGGCAGCCAAGGGAUCGGGCGCGAAGAAGGGACAGAAGACGCUGAUGGAGAUGAUGAAUGGGGCGGGGAAGAAGAAAGGGAAGACGGUGAAGACGAAGAAGGAUGAGGAGAGCGAUGAUGAUGAAGGGUGUCAAUCUCAUUCGGAGGACUAGUUUUGAAUGAGUUGUUCGACCUCAGAUGAGGUACUAUGGAAGUAUCAGUUUGUCCGAGUGGACAACAGCCCUAUAAACUGUGCGGGCUCAUACCUCAUUGUGUUUCCACUGCAGACAACCUGGGUAUGAUAUAUAGUACUUAGAUGUACAGUACUCCGUACAUUAUAGCCCAACAUCCCCGAUCAAC